GAAAAAGUUUUUCAUACCACGCUUCUACCCGUAAUACCUAGAUAUUCUUAACAAGAGCUUCUCCACUAAAGACACAACUUCACUCUUUGUUCCAAUCAAUGCUCUACUUCUUGUAAUGGAAGACAUAAAGAAGUCAAAUUGCAAAGCUUUCACAAGAAGGUUUGAAUUAGUCUCAUGGCUUCCUCUACAAUUUUCCUUUCACCAAUCCCAUAAUUUAAAACCUCCAUUUUCAUCAUCACACACCACAAUCCUUUUCAUUCUCCUCAUCACUCAAAAUGCUCUGCUCCAAAUCCCACAAACUCCACCGCACCUCCGCCGCUUCUCUCCCACCGUUAACAACCGCCGCCGAACCAGUUCUCAACAACGACGAUCUCUUCAUCGAAAUCCUUCUUCGUUUACCCAUCCAAUCCCUUCUAACCUUCAAAUCCGUCUCCAAACGAUGGCUUUCCUUAAUUUCCAAUCCCGAUUUCUCUCACCGUCGAACCACUUCUCAUCCAUCCACUCCUUCUGGUAUCUUCUUCCCCCGUCCCCGCCCUAAAUCCCCUGCAUUUGAUUUCCUCAAUUUGACUGCAAAUCCCUCUAGGGCUCCCUUCGAAUCUCUCAAUUUCACCGACGAGAAACACGGAUUUGUAAUCCUCCAAUCCUGUAAUGGCUUGUUCUUGUGCAGCAGUAAUAAUGGAAACUACUGGAGAAGAGAUUAUUAUGUUCACAAUCCAACGACGAAUCACUUCACUAAGCUUCCCAAGCUUCAAGCCGGAACAGUUUUCGGUCUCACCUUAGCAUUUGAUCCUUCACGAUCGUCAGAUUACAAAGUGAUUUCCGUUCGAUACUCCGAUUCCUUCACGAACACCUACCAAAUCGAAAUUUAUUCCUCUCGAACUGGCCCAUGGAGACCCGUCCAAGGCGUGUUUUCAGCUCCGUUUAGCAUGAGAUUCGAUAACGGAGUGUACUGGAACAGAGCUGUUCAUUGGAUCAGCACUUGGGAAAACAGUCUUUACUUCGAUCUGUAUGAAGAGAAACUCCAUGAAUUGCCAAUGCCUCGAGUACCGGAUGGAAGGGAAGAGAGAAGAGUGAAGUAUUUUGGGACUUGUGGUGGGAAUCUUCAUCUGAUUGAAAUUUACGAUGCUCGAGAUAUGGAGUUGAAUGUUUACGAAAUGCAAGAUGAUCAUUCUGGGUGGUUUGUGAAGUAUCGUGUCGAUCUUCAUGGCGUUUCUGUUGCAUUUCCAGAAAUGAUUCCAUCGGUGAUGGAUGUGGAUUUGGGUUUCUUCCCCAAAUUCUCGGUGAUGGCCAUUGUUGACGGAAUUGAGGAAUCGUACAUUGUUUUGAAGAUUGAUGGGAUAAUUGUGAGAGUGAUUGUUGAGAGUGGAAGAUUUGAGAGCUUGGGGAAGAUUGAAAGUGGUGGAGGAACAUCACAAGCCACUCUUACUCUUGGGUUUGGAGAGAUUGAUGCAUAUUUGUACAUUGAGAGUCUUGCAUGUGUUUAAUUAAGAAGAAUAGGAACAAUGCGUCAAUCAUAUGCAAGAAAAUGAACGUGUUAAUUAACAUUAUACAAACCCUAAACCUAAACAAUUAAAAUCCAUCUACAUGAAUCAACGAGUUAAAUUGUUUAGAUUCAGGGUUUGUAAGAGGUUAAUUAACACGUUCAUAGAUUAAAUUCAUGUAGAUUGAUGUCCUAAGUCUCUUGUAUUCUCGUAGUUUGUAAACAUUGUAUAAACAAGUUGUUAUUAAUAAAAUAAUUGUUA